AUGAAGCGUCGUGUUCCGUGCAAACAGGAUUGCGAUCAGCGAAUCUAUCCUCAUUGCACUGAUGAGUGCAAAUGUGAUUAUGCCUAUCCAUCCGUUCAGAAAUUCUGCAAUCCGCCUCCAUUACCACUUUUCCUUCAAACAUGCCGAAUCUGGUACAAUCAAUGCCCGAAAUACGAGCAAUAUCACUAUGCCUCACAAUAUAUUUAUUCGAAAGCCGAAAAGGGAAAAGUGUUGCCGGGAAUUGUACCGAAACCGGUCAAUCCAUACAACAUUCCACAGCCAGGCCCAGCUGUGAGUGCUCCAUUAGGUCGAAGUCGAGUCCGAGCAGCUGCAUCGAGAUCUUUAGCUCCACGAUAUGAAGAGGAGACUCGAAAAGUUGCAUCAACAGAACCGAGAAGACACUCAGCACUAGCAGAUGCAAUUGAAAUGAGUAAAAAGGAAGAUCAACCGAUUACAAAAACAAGAGAUUUGUCUACUUUCAGAAGAGUCCUUUAUAAUAUGUAUCGUCAAAAGGAUGACACAACAAGCGAGCAUCCUCGCUCAGAAGCUUUAAUUGUUCCACCCGAUAUUUCAGACAAUUUCAAAAGAAAGCGCACAGCUAAAGCAAGCCAGGGUUCAAUCCCGAUCAUUCCCUCAGAAGCAGCCUAUGGCUCUGGCGAUGCUUUCAAAGAUUUCGAUGCAUUCACCGAUUCUCGUGGAGUUGCUCAUAGACCUAGAUCAAGAAGUCCAUGGUCGAAGCCUGGUCUUUGGGAACCAAAUCCGGACGAUCCGCACAAUCGUGAUCACGCAAACAAAUACUAUUAUCAUCCAGAGUCGGUUACAGCUGAUUGGGUGAAUGGACAGUUGGCCUGGGGUGCUCAUUGGGCUGUACCAGCAGCGGGGACGGGCGGCUCUGAUGGAUAUUCUGUUGCUCACUUCCCAUCUCUUGGCCAUUUCCUCAACAUUCCUGAUGAUUACGAU